UGCUUUAAUCCCUUCACUUUGGUUUUAGCAGCGCCGCCCGGGGCGUUCUGGCUGCUCGCCCGGAGCGAGGAGGUCGUGAAUGAGCAGCCACAACCUGGGCUGCUCCGACCACGGGAGGCGGAGGGGAGGGGAAAGGGAAGGGAAGGGAAAGAGGCUGCCCGCCGCCAGCUACGGCCCCUCUCCGUCGGGGCAGGCGGGCCGGGCCUGGUGGCGCGGUGGAGCCCACCGCCGCGGGGCGGAGCGGAGCGGGGACCUGGCCCUGGAGGGGAGAGGGGGUCAGGCUACGCACCCAGCAGCAGCCCGUCCAUGUCAAAGAUCAGGUAACUCUCCACCGGGCAUCAAGAUCACUGAAGCACCGGUUGCAGAGGCAGACAUGAAAAGAGCUGUAUCAGACUCCCAAGGUGACAUGCUGGCUUGAAGAUGUGUACUGCUGUGCCAUUCUGUGUGAGGACAGUGGUUAGUUGCAGGUUCACAUAGGGGGAGUCCUGUCUCAUUUGUAGUUCUUACACACCAGGAAGAAGAUGGGGCUCCUUUUACUUCUAAUAAUUUGCCAGUGUGCCAUAAACAGUAUCAAAACACACAGUGUUUCAAAGCCCAAUAUAAUUUUAUUGAUGGCUGAUGAUCUUGGUAUUGGAGACCUGGGAUGUUACGGCAACAGAACCUUAAGAACCCCUAAUAUUGACAGACUAGCAGAGGAAGGAGUGACACUUACUCAGCAUAUAGCAGCAUCCCCACUUUGUACUCCAAGCAGGGCAGCUUUCCUGACAGGGAGAUAUCCUAUAAGAUCAGGAAUGGCUGCCUUCUCACGAGUUGGUGUCUUCUUAUUUUCUGCCUCUUCUGGGGGACUUCCUUCUGAAGAAAUAACUUUUUCCAAACUCCUGAAGCAGAAAGGUUAUGCAACAGCUCUAAUAGGAAAGUGGCAUCUUGGGAUGAACUGUGAAAGCAGUAAUGACUUCUGUCACCACCCCCUCAGUCAUGGAUUUGAUUACUUUUAUGGCCUUCCCGUGACCAAUUUUAGAGACUGCAAACCUGGCCAAGGCAGUGUUUUUUUAAAAGGUGUUCAGAAAGACCUUGUCAUCCCAAUCCAAAUCACUGGAAUAGCCCUUGUUUCUUUGGCAGUAGUGCAGUACAUUGGUCUUCUCAAAGUACCCUUCCAAGCAUUGGGUUACUUCUUGUUAAUAAUCACAAUUUCACUUCUGGUUUUGAUUUUUUUCUUCUAUCAUUUUCAACAUUUAAACUGCUUUUUAAUGAGGGACCAUCAGAUUAUCCAGCAGCCACUGUCCUAUGAGAACCUUACUCAGAGGCUGACAAAAGAAGCUAUGAAGUUUAUUGAAAGGAACACUGAUACACCAUUUCUUCUUUUCCUGUCUUAUCUUCAUGUCCAUACUGCCCUGUAUGCUUCAGAAAAUUUCAGAGGAAAGAGCAAGCAUGGUUUGUAUGGUGAUGCAGUGGAGGAAAUGGACUGGAGUGUAGGGCAAGUUCUGGAUGUGCUGGAGAAGCAUAAUCUGAGUGACAAAACUCUUGUAUACUUUACAUCUGACCAAGGGGCUCAUGUUGAAGAAAUCUCCAGUGCUGGAGAAGUCCAUGGAGGAUUCAAUGGUAUAUAUAAAGGUGGAAAAUCAACGAACUGGGAAGGAGGGAUUCGUGUGCCGGGUCUUCUCCGUUGGCCUGGCGUGGUACAGGCUGGUGCCUAUAUUGAUGAGCCAACGAGUAACAUGGAUGUAUUUCCCACCAUAGUUAAACUUGCAGAUGCACAGGUACCCUCUGACAGGAUUAUUGAUGGACAUGAUCUGCUACCUUUACUUCAAGGAAAAGUGACUCAAUCUGAGCAUGAAUUUCUCUUCCAUUACUGCAAUGCAUAUUUAAAUGCAGUGCGCUGGCGUCCAGGAAACAGUGAAUCUGUCUGGAAGGUCUUCUUCUUCACUCCAAACUUCAGUCCUGAGGGCUCCAAUGGUUGCUAUGAUUCUCACGUUUGCUUCUGCCAUGGAGGAUUCAUUACAAGACAUGAUCCCCCACUGCUCUUCGAUCUAUCCAGAGACCCUGAAGAGAAAGUGCCCCUGACUCCAGACACUGAGAGCCGUUUCUACGACAUCAUCAGGGUCAUACACCAAGCAGUAGACAACCACACCAGAUCCCUGCAUGCUGUUCCUAACCAGCUGUCGUGGAACAACCUUCUCUGGAAGCCAUGGCUCCAGCUCUGCUGCUCAUCUCUCUUUCAGUCUUGUUACUGUGACUAUGAGUCAGGAGGGAGUCCACUGCAGGUGCAUUUGGGAUAAAUAAGCUCCAAUUCCCUUUCAGAAACUGGACCAGCUCAGUGUGCAAGAAUUCUUUGUUCUGCUAGGCACAACACCUGUUCUGUGCUGCUUUUCAAAUAUCAAAAAUGAUGACUUUUCUACUGCUAUGAUUCCUUCUUGCCUGAAUAAGGUGUUUCUUUCAUACCCCCCUUGGUUUUUGAUGCCAUCUUUCUAAUCUCCUUUCUUAAAACAUCCACACUCCUGAAAUAUUUUUCCAUAUAUUUCUUUGCCACUCAGGCCUUCUGUUUGCUUGUCAUAUUGAUUGUAAUGGCUAUUUUGCCUUAAUCAAUUAGAAAAUGAAAAGUAGUCUUUGUCAUAAAAUUUGACUUGUAGGGCUCCUUGACUCUGCUAACCUCCUGUUUAUUUAAGGUCCAACAAGAAUUAACUUUGCAUUAUGAAAUAUAAGUAAUUAAAACAUACCUGAGAUGUUGUUAAUUAUAAAUAAUAGAAAAUAUUUCUUGUUUAUGGCACAAGCUUCAUAUUUUACAAAAUAUAAUUUAUUGCAAUGUUUAAUAGUUUGACAUAAGCAGUAAAAUCUGAAAUCCAUUCUUAAAAAUUGUUCCUACAAGAAAGAUUCUGUGAAGAAUGAGGCAGUAUUUUUAAUAAUAUUUGUUAAUACCAUUUCAUUUAAUUCCUAAAAUAAACCUUCUUUUUAUUGCAAAUGUAUUAUACCUUUCAGUACUAUACCUUCUGUUCUGGAGAUGGCAUGUCAGAUCAGGGUAAUUAAAGUAGUCUUGUUUAUCUGCAAAAUAAAAUGUGAAGGACAAUAUAACAUUUGUGUAAUGGCACUGCCUGGUCUAACAAGGAAAAGUUUUGUUUUUAACAGCAGGUUAUUGAUGGGAUAUACGUGAUUCACAAUUUACUAACAAGGAAGGCUCAGGGAGAGUGUGCAGCUCUGAUACUUGGAAACUGACUUUCAAUCUGUCAUUUAAUGAGCACUGCUCUUGUAACAUUGUGCCUGUUUAUAGGAUAUGUCAUUUUAAACCAGCAGUUCAGCUUCAGAGGGUAGUGUUUUCCUCUACAGCAUUGUUUAACAGUAUCAUAUCCUAAUUUGUGACAGAGUCCCUGUACAGCCCAGAGCAAGUAAUUUAACUCAUUUCUCAGUUCCUCUGCUGCACUCAGAAAAGGAAAACAGUACUUCUCUAACUGCUGGGAAUACUGAAAGAACAGAAAGUACUGAAAGUGGUAAGCUGGUAAAGGUGAACUUUUGUAGUACCUUCUCUAUAGAAGACACAAUUUAAAAGCUGGAAAAAUAGGAUGUAGAAGAUCCCCCUAUAUGAGAUCCCCUAUAUCCCCCUAUGGUAGGUGGUACCAUUAACUUGAGGUUUGCAGGUGGGUUCUGUGUGUAAUUUAGUGGGAUUGUGAUCUGGAGGAGAAAGAAUAGAUGGCUAAAAAAGAAACAGGCUUGGGAUUCAGAGAAAGUUGUAAGUCUCGUUUUUAUAAUUAUAUUUAUUCUCUUUUUUAGCAGUCAGGAAACUAUGUCAAGUAAUAAAUAAUGUUUUUCCCUCAGGGACUGGAUGUCACAGGUUCUCAGCUCUUAAAAAUAGAGAUGCCCUGACUUGCCUCCAAUUAUGGUCAGAAAAAUCAAAAGUAAAAAAAAAAGAAAAAUGGAAAUAAGAGCUUUGGAGAGAGGUGCCAGCUCGCUUAAAUCCUACUGAAAGUUUGCAGAGAACUAAGAGAAUCUGUUCCAUAUACUUCACAGGUCAGUGAGAAUCAUCACUUGCCAGCAAUAGUUUAUUUCACACUGCAGUAAUGGGAAAUCUGGGUAUUCAGAUAUGUGGACAAUGUAAAAAAAAUCACUUAAGAUAUCACUUGAUAUAGGAAAAAAUGGAAAAAGAAAGAAGAAGAGUACAAGCAUAGCUACAAAAAUUAUGUGUUCUAUUAAAUUAUGUUUACUAAAAAUUGUUUUAAUUUAUG